AUGUGUCAUGAAAGCAAACCACAAGAAGAAGAGAUCAUUAACAAGUUCUCUAAACCGGACACAAAUGACCAAAACCCGUAUUCUAAGCACGACCCGUAUCCCAAAUCCCUUCGCGGCGGCGACGCCAACUUCAUGGAGCAGCUCCUCCUCCACUGCGCCACGGCCAUUGACUCAAACGACGCUGCAUUGGCUCACCAAAUCCUUUGGGUCCUCAACAACGUCGCACCACCCGACGGUGAUUCCACCCAACGUCUAAUCUCCUCCUUCCUCCGCGCGUUGCUCGCACGCGCCGUCUCAAAACUCCCCGCGCUCUUCUCCACCGUCGGUUUCCUACCCCCGGCCGAAGAAAUUCACCGGUUCUCAGUCGUGGAACUCGCCGGAUUCGUCGACCUCACACCGUGGCACCGGUUCGGAUUCAUCGCGGCCAAUGCGGCCAUCUUAACCGCCGUGGAAGGUUAUUCAACGGUACACAUCGUUGACUUAAGUUUGACUCAUUGUAUGCAAAUCCCUACUCUCAUAGACGCUAUGGCAAACCGACUAAACAAACCUCCGGUUCUCAAACUCACCGUCGUUCCUUCCUCCGACUUGCCACCGUUCAUCAACAUCUCCUACGAAGAGCUCGGAUCAAAACUCAUCAAUUUCGCAACCACACGUAACAUAGAAAUGCAGUUCACAAUCAUACCUUCGUCUUACUCCGAUGGCUUCUCUUCCCUCCUCCAACAAUUACGUAUUUACCCUUCUUCUUUCAACGAAGCUCUCGUUGUUAACUGCCACAUGAUGCUUCGUUACAUCCCCGAUGAAACCCUAACCUCAUCAUCAUCGUCCAUACGAACGGUUUUCUUGAAACAACUCCGGUCUUUGAAUCCAACAAUAGUAACCCUAAUCGAAGAAGACGUGGACCUCACGUCAGAGAACCUGGUCACGCGUUUACGAUCGGCUUUUAACUAUUUUUGGAUCCCUUUCGAUACAACGGAUACGUUUAUGAGCGAGCAGAGACGGUGGUACGAGGCGGAGAUAAGUUGGAAGAUAGAAAACGUGGUGGCUAAGGAAGGGGCGGAGAGGGUUGAGAGGACGGAGACGAAGAGACGGUGGAUUGAGAGGAUGAGAGAUGCUGAGUUCGGCGGAGUUAGGGUUAAGGAAGAGGCGCUUUCCGAUUUGAAGGCGAUGCUGGAGGAGCACGCCGUAGGGUGGGGGAUGAAAAGUGAAGACGAUGACGAGAGUGUUGUGUUGACUUGGAAAGGUCAUAGUGUUGUAUUUGCUACUGUUUGGGUACCGGUUUAA